AAAAUUCAUAACAGUGUCAACUAUUCGAGGAAGUAAGACGCAAAUCGCGUUUCUUGUCCAGUGUUGUAAAUUCGCGUCAAUUCGCGGCGAAUCCUUUCGCUAGCUGUCACAGAAUAAGCAAAUCGAGCGAGGCAAAGGUUUUUGUCGAAUCUAGAAGGUUCACAAAAUCUGCUAUUUAAUCCGUGUGCAUUGUAAAAGCGAACAGUUCUUGUUCGGCAGCCAUAUCCAACCCUACAUCAUCGCCCUUGACAACCAGGUAGUGAGCGAGUGAACCCAGUGCUACAAUGAUUGCAAAAAUGAAACUUGUGUUCAUAUUGGGCUUUGUGCUGGUGGCUUCCGCAUUUGCGAAAGGCAAUGAGUGCGAAAAUGAGAUCAGCCUAUGUUCACCGAAGUACUCCAGUUUCCUGAAUGAUCCGUUUAAGAAUGAUUUGAAGAACUACACCACCCAGCUGGUGGACAAAUCGUUCCAGUUCCUGAUUUUGUCGUCUUCAUUCAACCAGCACAGCUUGGACCGGCCCGGUUUCGAGAAGUUGUACCGUAAGAUCAGCGACAAGGCCUGGGAGGACGCCAUUGAACUGAUCAAGUACCAGAGUCGCCGCGGUGGAUUCGGACACCUGGUGGACCAGAGCGUGAACAAAGAUUACACCAAAGUGCUGGAUACGGACGAGCUUACCUCACUGAAGUUUGCGCUGAAUUACGAGAAGGCGAUGGCCAAGGAAGCUCAUGCCAUCCAUCGCAAGAUUUCCCAUGUUCACUCGAAGUCCAAUGAAGACGAUGAUAGCCGUCAUUACGAUCCGGAUACUGCCCACUAUUUGGACGAGAAGAUCAUCGAGUACCAAUCGGGCGUUAUACGUGAUCUGGCCGGCUAUAUCCACAACCUGCAGCACUUCACAAAAUGCGACAAACGUACCGACAAUAGCCGCCCCGUUAAGGCCCACGAUUUGGGCGUCCAUGUUUUCGACGAAUACCUGGCCAAGGUCUAUUAAGGGCGCCCAAGAGGUGUUGCGGGAGAACGCGGUACAAACUUGUUACUGCGGCUUAAUGCUACUCCCAUUUCAAUUGAUGUAUUUCGCAGAUGUUGAACAGAGCGUUUGAAAUAAACAGAAAUUCCCAAAUGUGAUCCACAAAAAAGAAAUUAAGUGCUCAUUCCCAGUCUCUUUACAGGACGAGUACCAU